AUGGAUCAUCACGCGCCGGCGGCACUAUCAGAUCCUCACUCCACGAACUACAUUGCUGCCGGUGCUCGUCCCUCGGUCCAUCGCAGACUCUCCGAGGAGAGCUUACCAGUGGAGCUCUGCGACGGGCCACUUCCCGACUUUUCCAGCCGGCCGCGAACGCCUGCCCGUGCUGAUCAAGGCGUCUGUACGGAUCGUGCCGAGCUCAUCGAGCGUCUGAAACGGAGCCAGAGUCCAACAUGGACAUCUACUGCCGAUCACAACCAAACAUGGACUCAACCAGCGGACUCAACCGCUCCAGGGAUAACUCCAGAGAGGCGACCAGUCUCUCCGGUCAUGUUUCCACCCAUCACCAUUACUCCAGAGAAGGGGAAAGCAAAAGCUCCAACGCAAGACAGCCCAGAGGCGACAGCCAAACUUCAGUAUGGCCUAAGCAUCGAAAGGCCACGCUCAGCACUACACAGUGGCGACUUCACUCAGGAUGAGCGCCCUUCCCACCAAACCAUCACAGGACAAUUUGCUAGACCACGGCAUGGAUCUGGCGCAGCCCAGUUUGGCAGCACACACGACAGUCCUUGGCUGGCCACGUCUCCACCUCGUGACUUCACCUCAUUCCAUUUUGAAAGAAGACAGUCCAAUGUGAGCAGCCGAGGCCAGCCUUUGGCUCUAUCGACCUCAUUGUCAUCUUCAAUCACCUCCAGCUUUGCAUAUCAGCCGCCCACAAGUCCUUUGGUCCAAUCGGAAAGCAAUGACGAGAAUGAUUACCCUUCAUCGCUAGCAGGGAUCGACAUUGGUUCCGGCUUCAGCAGGAACAAUCGAAGGCAUACGCUCAUGUCUACUCACUCUGGUGCAUUUAACUUUUCGCCUAGUCCCGCCUCGAGGCACCCUCCUGUCCUACGGCAAGAGAAGUCCUUCCCUUAUCAAGCGCAUCAACCACGUCGAUCCUUGACCUCAACACCCAGCUCUUUACCCUUCGAGAACUUUCGACAGUUCCCCGCUUCAAGGUCAAGACGACCGUCACUCGGUUCAGACGCGUCACCAAUCCAGCAUGCGUCUAUGGUCGGAUCUUACGAGGAAAGCAUCUUGCGCGGUCGCAUGUCCACAACACCUUCAAAGCCGCUUGAAUUUGUCGCUCAGAUUGGUGUCCUGGGCCUAGGAAAAUGCAAGUCAAGCUUACGAUGCCCUCCGCACGUUACGCUGCCGUUCCCGGCUGUAUUCUACAGUUAUGCUUCCUCUGCAUAUGGCCGCUCAAAGACAGAAGAUGGGCCCAGCCCGUAUGUGGGACAGAUCGAUCUUGAGAAUGGCCUGCCCAACCAGGAAGGCAGUGCUAGGGCAAAGCGAAAGAUGCAAACACGUACGACAGAUAGAAUCGCUCUGGGAGAUGACGGGAAUGAGCGGUUCGACCGGGCCAGGGCCGACGGAUCAGACUUCGAGACUCGCAGAGCGCAGCGCCAGAAGCGUCGAUCCGGCUCACCGCGAGCUCCCCCUGGUGGCAGUUACCGAAUACCAGAAAAAGGUCAGAUCCAGAUCAUCAUCAAGAACCCCAACAAAACGGCGGUCAAACUUUUCCUGGUGCCAUAUGAUCUGGCCGGUAUGGAGGCUGGCACGAAAACUUUUAUACGGCAGCGAAGCUACUCCGCCGGACCAAUUAUCGAAAACAUGCCAGCGGCAGCAGACUCAGGAUCGGCGGAGCGACCAACCUUGCGAUAUCUGGUGCAUCUGCACAUAUGCUGCCCAUCUAAAGGACGGUUCUAUUUGUACAAGAGCAUUCGUGUGGUGUUUGCCAACCGCGUGCCAGAUGGCAAGGAGCGGCUACGCAAUGAAGUUUCAGCACCAGAACCAAAAUACUCAAGCUAUAAGCCGAUCCGCGUCAUGCAUCCGCCCACGACUGGUGGGUCAGGGCCUGCAGCUAGCAUGGCCGCCGAGAAAGCCUUUAGACGGCGCAGCUCAGGAUACUAUGCUGGAAUGGGCACAAGUUCUGCUUUCGAUGCCAUGGAUGGAGUCGUCACUCCUGGCCAGGCACAAAUGCCAUUCUCCUUCAGCUUCGGCAAUGGUACGCCCAUAGAGCCUGUCCCGUUUUCGUUGGCAAGGAAAGACAUGAAGAGUACGGCCCCUGCUGCCAGUUUGUCGCCCGAACAUUUGUGUUCAUCGACACAUGGCUCUGAGGCCGCUGCCAACGGCAAUGCAUGGAACGAUGUUGAGCGAUACAACAAGCUCAGCCCCGGCGACAGCGGCUAUGGCGGCAACGCCUUCUCGGGACUCAUCAACGGCAGCCCUGCCGUCGCGGAAAGUCUGCUAUCACAGAGACUGCGAACACUCGGGGUCAGGGGACUAGAUCGAGCAGAUUCUACCUCUGAGAGUUGCGACCAAAAUGAUGCGACGGGGAGCGACUGA